AUGAAUGUUAUAGAUAAAACAAAACAGGUUGGAAGACCCUACCACUCGAUGAAGAAAAAGCAGGGAUUGAAAAAUCAAAAACACCGAUUGUUGCCGCUGGGUCAAAGUACUCCUGUUGCACAGUUGUGCUCUCCUGUCCCUCUGUCGCCCCAGAAACCGGUUUGCUAUGGCAACAAAAGUAAACAAGGCAAUCCAUCACGGAAAAGGGACAAGAAAUUGAAAGUAAAAGAAUUGGAGACAGUAACGGAGGAAGUACUUAUGAACAACUUAAAAGACGUGACCUAUGACCCAAGCACGUGCAUUGUUCUAUCCCAAACUCUCGCAGGAAUUAUAAUGGAAAGAAUUAAAGCUCUGGCUAUCAGCCAUUAUAAGCUAGUAGCCAUUGUUAGCAUUGGUGGUCUAAAAGAAAAGGUUGGCAUGCAGUUCGGAAGUCGGUGUCUGUGGAAUAAAGACACAGACUGUUUUGUCAGCGUUAAAUUUACAAAUUCCUCGCUUUUUGCAAUUGCCAUGAUUUAUGGGUUAUAUUUUGAGUAA